CUGCUACUGACACCAGCAGUAGUCAAGCAGUGCAACGGACCUAGUGGACACCUUACUGCCAGCAUUCUUUCGCGUUACAAUUGUGUUCUCGCUCAACUGCCAUAUGUGCUGAACACGGACCCAUGCCUCUUGAGAGUGGUGUUGUGACCGAGUCGUCUUUCAGCUCGGCGGUGAGGUCGAAGGAGACGCGCCCUACAGUGAGGCGGCGCGUGUCAGACGGCGCUGCACGGAGAAGUAGGAACGACCACGAGCCACACCGUGUUGCGCAUUCGCGAGUCCGCACAUUGGAUGGCGACGUGACCAGGCCUACAAGCUCCCAUCCUCUCGCAUCACCAAGUAGUAGCAGAGCGGUCAAAGACUUUGUCGCUGGCCUCCUGUCCGCUCAUGACACCCGUCCACACAUGAAACGCGUCCUCAGCGACACGGAGGCUCCGUCAAACAGCGGGAAUGGGUCUUCGGACGCAAUUGACGACCAGGCAAUAGAGCCGAAGACUAGAGAGGAGGAGGUGGUGGUAAUUCUACAUGAGGUCACGUCGAACGAUUCUCUUCCUGGUGUUGCCCUCAAAUACGGCGUAUCGCUUCCCGACCUUCGUCGGUGGAAUCAACUCUGGCCAUCAGAUCCAGUACAUCUACGCAAAGUGCUCUACAUUCCCCUAGACAAAGCACGACACGUGAAACACUUCCACACUACACUAAUAGAGGUAGACGGUGGUGCUGAUGCUCCCAGCCCAGCCUCUUUACUGGCUGAGAACAUCGUGGGGACAGCGAAUCAUAAUGUCCCGCCCUUAACCGUCGUCCGCAUCCCGGUGUCGCAGAUGUCAUUCUUCCCUCCCCCGUCUACUCCGCUGUCUUCGAGAAGUAUCUCAGA